UAUAAGUAAAAUAUUUAUCGUCUGACGGAACAUAACAAGUUAGUUCAAUAGUUCUUCUCAUAGUAAAGUGUGGACCACCAUGCUGCUGGGCGAAUUGAACUCUGCUGAAGUGAUGAUCAAUUAAACACCAGACCGACAAGCUAUGCCAAAGCUUAUGUAUCAUUUGCUGGAGUUGUCACACGAUUUCUUUUUCCAAAGUCCUGUUCUGCUGACCAGAAAACAAAAGGACAAGAGAAAAAAAAAUUGCUAUUCUGCCUUUGAACUGUUGGGGCACGUGCGUUGGUCAUUGUACUCCUUAGCAUGCUGGGCAAUGUGUCUCAUGCUAACAAGCCACAGCUAACUUAGCUAGCUGCAGAAGAGGAACACAACCCAUUAAACACGCCUUGAUUCUGUGCUUCAUUUGUGACAUUUUUAAGAGUGGUACCUGAGUUCAGACAGAAAAGAUACAGCAAAUAGCUUAUGGAGAAGUCAGAUAAAAUAACUUAUUUUCCGUAAAAAACACAAGGAGAUUUCCUAUAAAAAAAGCGGCACAAAGAAAGCAUCAAAACAUUUCUGGGUACACGAUGAGCCCCCCUAAUAAAAUUCAUGCCCCACAAAUGGUUAUAGCUCAAGAACAUUAGAAAUAUUAGAAGGUACAUCGAGUUAUUAACAUGACAAAAUCUAGAGGUCCACUGAGUAAACAAGGUAUAGGGAAGCUUACCAAAAGGCCAUACAUUUCUUAAUAUUCUGGAUUGCUCUUUCAUUAUUAUUAUCAUAUGUAAGCAGGUAAAUAAAAUAAUAAGGCACUUUUAGUUGGUUGAAAGACAUGAAUCUGGAUAAAGACAGGAUUUAGUCCACGUAAUCAUCUCACUCCUUUACAUUCAACACAAACAUGGUCAAUCGGUAUCAUCAUUCACAAAGAGGGGUCCUACAUGCAUAGUUUUCUCUUCAGAUGUUUAGUAACAAAGCUGCAAGAGUGAUUUAAUCAGCAUGGGUAACUUGGACAAUUUGAAAGGCGCUGCUAAAGCUAAACCCUGCAUGGAAAAGUUUGCACAAAACCUGGCUUCUGUCUGUAGUCUAUAUAAGGCAGCAACAGUGCGCCCAAAAGCUUUCUAGAUCUCAACCCGGCAACAGAUUUGGAGUGUUCUUCAGGCUCCUCUCUCCAUUAUGAUAUCUUGGGUUGCCAUCUACCAUGUUCUUGAAGCGACAGUACCACUGUAUGUAGCCAUGAUACUAGCCUACCUAUCCAUAAAAUGGUGGAAGUUGUUCACCCCAGAGCAGUGCUCUGGGAUCAACAAGUUCGUAGCCAAGUUCUCCAUCCCUCUUCUCUCUUUCCAGGUCAUCUCUACAAACAAUCCUUACGACAUGAACCUCAAGCUCAUAUUUGCAGACAUCCUACAGAAGUCUCUCGCCCUGCUGGGAUUCGCAGCCAUUUCCAGAGCAUGUUGCACCAAGAAGUUUGAUUGGCUGAUUACAGGUUUCUCUUUGUCGACACUGCCCAAUACAUUGAUUGUUGGUAUCCCCUUGCUGAAAGGAAUGUAUGGCGAUGAAGCUGUCAAGCUGAUAAGUCAAAUAGUUGUCCUACAGAGCCUAAUUUGGUACACACUUCUUCUCUUUCUGCUUGAAUUCCGGGCUGCUAAAGGAAUCGCUGCCACACCAUCAUCUGAAAUUUUAGCUGAGGAAGAACCGGGUACUAUAGGAACUACACAACAAACCUACCAAGAGAGCCAGUCGAAAGGUGUAACAGCAAGAUGUUCUAGGGCUUUUCGCUUUUUGUUGGUGGUUGGAAAGAAGCUAGUGAUGAAUCCGAACAUGUACGCAUGCCUGAUCAGUUUAAUUUGGGCGCUAAUUAGCUUCAGGUGGCAAAUACAGUUACCCUUGAUCGUCAGCAACUCCAUAAGAAUACUCUCAGAUGGAGGGCUGGGAAUGGCAAUGUUCAGCCUAGGCCUUUUCACUGCUCUACAAACAAAAAUUAUAGCCUGUGGAACUAAGAAGAUGCUACUAUCACUUAGCAUCAGGUUCUUCCUAGGACCAGCCCUGAUGGUGAUCUCUUCCUAUGCCGUUGGGAUGCGUGGAAUCUUGCUCAAGGUGGCCAUUGUGCAGGCAGCUCUACCUCAAGGAAUAGUGCCAUUUGUGUUUGCGAAGGAGUAUAAUGUGCACGCAGAUAUCCUAAGCACUGGGAUAAUUGUUGGCAUGAUGGUUGCAGUUCCUGCUGCGCUUGCUUACUACUUUGUUUUCGAUCAGCCUAGAUUCUGAGGUCCUAACCUAUGGAUAUUUAAAUCAUAAUAACUCAAUUUAUGUUCAUUUGAUAAAACAGUAGCAGAGCAGUGCAAUGUAAAGGGUAAAUUCAGCCAUGGCCACAUGGGCGUGAAUAUUUUGCCAGGCUGUAAA